AUGGAUGAAACUCAAGUGAAGAGAGAGUGGGAUUGUGUAGAGAGAACGACACGAUCCGGUGAAAUUGAUGGUGUUGAAGUCAUCGCCACCAUGAUCCCUUUGGAAGAAACUGAAAAACAUGUGGUCUUGAUUUCUCAAUAUCGACCUCCAAUGAGAGGCUAUUGUAUGGAAUUUCCUGCUGGUUUGUGCGACUCGGGAGAAAGUGCAGAACAAGCUGCCGAAAGAGAAUUACUGGAAGAAACUGGACUUAAAAUUUGCAAAAUUUCACGAGUUUCUUCCGUUGUAGGCUUGGAAGUUGGAUUGACCAAUGCGAACUGUAGAAUUGUUUGCUGUGAGGUUGAACCAAUUAAAAUAUCAGAAAGGCCUAAACAGCAAUUAGAAGAUGAGGAGCAUAUCACCAUUCAUAUUGUAAAAUUAUCAAAGUUGUUUGACACUUUGGAAGACAUGUCAAAGAAUCAUGGAUUCAUCAUUGAUGCAAAAGUAUGGACCUAUGCCUUUGGUAUUAGCAAUAUUCUUUGA